AUGCUUCUUCACACUCCCAUCAGCCUCACCCGGCGUUAGACGUUCCAGCUGCACAGAAGAGGCACGUCGGAGGCUUUAUCAGAAGCGAGCACCGGAGGCAAGAGAACAAGAUGUCUCUUUACAGUUUUGGGACGGACCCCAUAUCCUGCCACGCGUGGAACAAAGACCGUUCGCAAAUCGCCAUCAGUCCGAAUAACGAACUUGUGCAAAUUUACCAGAAAGCGGACAACGAGUGGAGGAAGAUCCACGAACUCUCCGAGCACAACGGGAGGGUCACAGGCAUUGAUUGGGCCGCCAACUCCAACCGCAUUGUGACGUGCGCCGCGGAUAGGAACGCCUACGUGUGGACCCUAAAAGAUGGCGUCUGGAAACCAACUUUGGUUCUGCUGCGCAUUAACCGGGCCGCCACCUGCGUCAAGUGGUCGCCGCAGGAGAACAAGAUCGCGGUGGGCAGCGGCUCCCAGACCAUCUCCAUCUGCUACUUCGAGAAGGAAAACGAUUGGUGGCUGAGCAAACACAUCAAAAAGUCAAUCAAAUCCACCAUUCUCGGCCUGGCGUGGCACCCCAACAACGUCCUGCUGGCGGCCGGAAGCAGCGAUUUCCACUGCAGAAUUUUCUCAGCGUACGUGAAAGAAAUCGAAGACAAGCCGAGUCCCAACCUGUGGGGGGCGAAGAUGCCGUUUGGAGAGCUCCUGUACGAGCGGGCAGAGAGCGGCGGGUGGGUGCACAGUGUCUGCUUCUCGCCAAGCGGUCAAUACCUCGCCUGGGUCGACCACAACAGCUCGGUGAGCAUCGCGGAUUCAACACAAGAUAAAAUAGUGACUCAAACGAGGACCGAGUUCCUGCCCUUCCUGACCGUUCUAUUUGUGAAUGAAGCCCAGCUUGUCGCCGCUGGCCACAAUUGCUCCCCCUUCCUCUUCUCGUACUCCGGCCCCGGAGUCCUGGAACUUAGCGGUAAAUUUGAUGCCCAGAAGCAGAGUUCAAAAUCUUCGCUGUCCGCCAUGCAGCAUUUCCGAAACCUGGACAAGAAAGCGGCCCAGGAGAGCGACGCCAGCGAGGUGGACUCUCUGCACCAGAACAGCAUCAGCCACUUACUGGCCGUGGACGGAGAGCCCUCCGACGUGACGACCGUUAGCAGCACCGGGAUGGACGGCGCUCUGGUCAUCUGGAACACAAAGCUCUAAUGUGCAGCAGAACAGCGGCUCUCUCUCCGGCCCUCCGGACGGACGUGUGACAGUAAGAGGAGACGGGGCAUGCCACACAGAAGCGCACAUGAGAUAAGAAUUCCUCACCGCGGCCAACUUCCGGAGCUUUACAGACAGGGGCCAGAGUCCAGCAACCGCAAGAUCCUAAACGGGGCCCAAAUCCGGCGGCUCUCUGAUGCCGGAUUCCUCCUCAAAUAUGGUAUCGGCGGCAUGCGCAGCCGCAGAUGCGUCUCGUGGUUUUCUGAUGUUGUUUUUGCUGUAAAUGGAUAUAAAAGUACAUAAACAUCCAGAA